AUGCUUGGAAUUUUUUCUUGGAGCAACUGUGGAAGUAAAUCAGAUGCAAUUCAAGUGAAAUCCUUGGGUGUCAAUCCCGAUCCAAUAGUAAUUCCUGGAACUGUUAACGUCUCAGCGGAUGUCAUGGUUGCCGAAGACAUUACUUCCCCAUCUUCUGUGGCGCUUGUUAUCGAGAAAAAGAUCUUUGGAUUCUAUGUCAAAGUACCCUGUGUCGAUAACUUGGGUUCGUGCACUUAUGAAAAUCCAUGCAGUCUGCUGCAGAAUGUGACAUGUCCAGAAAUCUUCAAGCAGCAUGGCAUUAACUGCAGAUGCCCUGUAAAGAAGAGCGAAUACAAACUGCCACCAUCUUCACUAACUCUGCCUGAUAUCAAACUCCCAUCUUUCAUCGAAAAUGGCGAUUACAAAAUACAAGCAACUUUGAUGAAAGGUUCAGCACGUCUUGGCUGUUAUGAAAUCAAAGCUUCAUUGCAGACAAAAAGCCAAAUACAAGUUUAGAGCAGAAAGAAAAACCUGUCC